CUCACGUGUUACGCGGUGCGAAGCGAAGGAUGCGCGGUCAAAGCCGCUUCCGGUGGCCCCGUGACUACCGUCGACGGUUGCCAGUGAACUCGUUGUGACCGUGCGGCCAGUGAGCGAUCGAUCGGCCGAUUUAUCCGUCGGCCAAGUCGAUGAGACCGGGUCCCAAGCGGUCGCGAGGUGAUCGCCGAUGUCGCGCGGACGGGCCCAGCGACCUGCUGCCGCUCACCUGGACUACCUGCGUGUACGCUGCACCCUUCCGGAUCGCCCGACACCUUCGAUCAACGGGAUCCAGGGAUCCGCCGUUGCGCCGUCGACGAGGGAGGCUCGUGUCACGGCUGACUGUCGACGAUCGCUGCCUUCGCGCGCGAGAUCGCGAGAUCGGGACCGAAGAGGUUCUCCCGGCGUUGACGAUCCGCGGCACGCUGCCGCGUGCUGUGUUGUCGCGCCGCGUCGGAACGCGGAUCGAUAAAAUAUUAAAAUAUUAACAAGCCCCGAGGCAUCGGGGGUAGGCGGCGUGGAUCGAAGAGGGACGGGUGUCGCCAGCUUCGAACCGAAUAACACCGCUCGCUCGCUCGCUCGCCGAGCGGCAGGGGAGUGAAGGAGGAACGGCGACGGAAGUGAACCGGGGGUCGUGAUCGAUAUCAUCGGGGGCCACGAUUCGCGAUGCGGGCCGGCACACGAGCGGAAUGAGGGUCGGGGGCCGCGCGGCGCGAGACAAUCGAAUCGCGCCCCGACCGCCGUCCGCCCGGAAGUUACGCCGAACUUCGAACCGUCUAGCGGCGUCCGCUCGCGCUGAAACGACGCCGACACGUUGAGAGCUGCGGCGAGCGGCUCCUCUUCCGUGGAGGAAGAAAGAAGGGGACGAAGAAGGCGCUGAGGGGACUGGCAAAGAGGAUCCCCUCGGUUCGACGGGUCUCGAUCCCGGUGGACGAUCUGCGUUCGAUCGGACGAUGAACGGUGAGAACGCACCCUUAAACAUGAGUGAAUCAGUGAACCCUGAGAAACGAUUACGCGGCACGAUGCAGCUGACGGAACGCGGUACGUUUAGUGAAGUGCAUCCCGCUGAUAAACAAACAGAGUUGCGUAACAGUGCCACCGACAACCCGGACUCGGCGGAUCUGACUUGAGCUGGGAGCAGAACGACCGUAAAUGUCACUGAGAAGCUCCGGAAGCCAGUGUCGACUCUCUCGAUCCCGGGGGCGAUGAAGAACAGCGGCGGCGUGGCCGGUGGCGGCGGCGUUGGUGGCGCCGGGAGCGGCGGCGGGGGUGCUGGUUGCGGUAGCGGCGGUGCUACCGGGACCGGCGAGGACGCCGGUAUCGCCCUCGUUGGCGUCCACUCGGAGUACCCUCGGUACAUGGACGACCGCGUGCUAGCCGGCGGCGGGCCGAUGAAGGGCCCAUCGGGCAGCAUAGGGCCGGGCUCGAAGCACAAACCGAACGUCGGUUACCGGCUGGGCAGACGGAAGGCCCUGUUCGAGAAGCGGAAACGCAUCAGCGACUACGCGCUCGUCAUGGGCAUGUUCGGCAUCAUCGUAAUGGUCAUCGAGAACGAACUGUCCAGCGCCGGUGUCUACACCAAGGCCUCGUUUUACUCGACAGCAUUGAAAACCCUGAUCUCUGUGUCUACUGUGAUACUGCUUGGCCUCAUAUUUGCUUACCAUGCCUUAGAAGUUCAGUUGUUCAUGAUCGAUAACUGCGCGGACGAUUGGCGGAUCGCGAUGACCUGGCAGAGGAUCGCGCAGAUUACGCUCGAGUUGGUAAUCUGCGCGAUCCACCCGAUCCCAGGGGAAUACUACUUCUUGUGGACGACCAAGCUGGUGAACAAGGGCGGUGACUUCGGCUCGAAAUGGGUACCGUACGACGUCACCCUCUCGCUGCCGAUGUUCUUCAGACUCUACCUCAUCUUUCGCGUUAUGCUGCUGCACUCGAAGCUGUUCACCGACGCCUCGUCGCGCAGCAUAGGGGCCUUGAAUCGUAUUAACUUCAACACCAGGUUCGUCCUGAAAACCCUGAUGACCAUCUGCCCGGGCACCGUGUUGGUCGUCUUCAUGGUCUCGUUAUGGAUCAUCGCCUCUUGGACGUUACGCCAGUGCGAGAGGUUCCACGACGAGGAGCACGCGAAUCUCCUUAAUGCUAUGUGGCUCAUCGCAAUCACGUUUCUGAGCGUCGGUUUCGGCGACAUCGUACCCAACACGUACUGCGGUCGAGGUAUAGCCGUUUCCACUGGAAUAAUGGGCGCCGGAUGCACGGCCUUGCUGGUGGCGGUUGUUUCCAGGAAGCUCGAGCUCACAAGGGCGGAGAAGCACGUUCAUAACUUUAUGAUGGAUACGCAAUUAACGAAAAGGCUAAAAAACGCCGCAGCCAACGUGUUGCGCGAGACGUGGCUAAUUUACAAGUACACACGGAUCGUGAAACGUGUCAAUCCGGGACGUGUUCGAACGCACCAGCGGAAAUUUCUGUUGGCUAUAUACGCGCUCAGGAAAGUGAAAAUGGAUCAGCGAAAAUUAAUGGACAACGCCAACACCAUCACGGAUAUGGCCAAGACGCAGAACACAGUCUACGAGAUCGUCUCGGACAUGAGCACGCGUCAGGACACCCUCGAGGAACAUCUGGUGAGCCUGGAGGAGCGGCUGAUCGGCCUAGAAGAGAAACUGACCGGCCUCCAGGGCCAGCUGGAGCUACUGCCGGAGGAGCUGACCAGGUGUCUGGCCCAGCACACGGAGCGGAUGGAGCAGAGGCGCAACUUCCUGCACCCGGACGCCGCGGUCGCGAUGGCGACGUCAGGCGGGGUUGGCGGCGUGUCCACCGGGAACAGCCUCUCGAUGGGGAUCUCGGGCAGCAACGUGUCCGCGCAUCAUCCUCUGGCCAGCCUCUCCAACUCACCACUGCUGCCACACUCGAGGAGCGUGCCCAGCGCGCCCAGCACGAUGUCCUUGCACCCGUGGCCGGUCAGCCCGGUCCUGCCGCCGAUCUCGAGCCGAACGCCGCACCUGGUCCCCGAGACCGGGAAACACCACAGCCUGGCACAUUCCACGGUGGCGACUACGACCACGUCGCAGUCGGCCACUAGGCUCACCUCGCAGUCCGGCAUGGGAGGGCUGGGCAACAGCCAGGGGUCCGACAAGUCCGCACACAGCUGAGUCUCGUCUUUGCAGCCGCAGCACUCUUACUAAGGUGGAUGCCGACCGAACCGUCGGCGACACACCCGACACGACGCUCGCGUGCCAUCGAGUCCCUCCUGAACGACCGGCUCUACGAGCCUCGUUCCAACUUUCUCUCUGUCUGACCCUCCUUCUCUCUUUGUCUCUCUGUUUCCUUCACUCUUUCGGGGAUAGGAAGUUUCUUCAGGUCCACCCGGUCCACUGGUACGACAGCUUGUGGCCCGGUGGAGUACGGCUGGCGGUGGUCCGACGUCGGCGCUAGGUCGAAGUAGCUUCUCGAUUAGCGUUCCCUAGGGUACUCGGGUACUGUCACUGGUACUGUGACCUUUGGAACAGUUUUGUAACGGUAGUAACCUGGACAGUUCCGGAUUUAGGAAUCCCGGAACGCCAGGAUGUUAGUUCUAUCCGAUUUUUGGGUAUAGCGAGUUCGGUAGCUGUGUUUCCGUCGAACCGUUUCUUUGAGAGUCUAGGGAUCCGGGCUCGCCUAGUCGUCGACGAUCGGACCCGGCCGCUUCGUCUUUCGUAACCAGAUGAAACGAAAGUCUUGCUGUAGCAUAAACAACGGGUCCAAUCCUCUUCCCGAUCGACUGUGUCUUCUAACGAGAAGCUUGAAAUGAAAGGAAGAAUACACACGCACACGUACACAUACAUACAUACAUACAUACACACACGCGCACAGACAGACGCUAAACAUACACAGAGACACUUGGAACACGUACGGACACCGAACAGACAAAACUCUGGACAGCUGGGAAUCGACGAUCCAAGGUCUCGUAGAGGUUCUCGGAUGCGUGCGUGUAAAAAAAUAAUGGAGGGACUCACGGAUACGAGCGUCCUCUUCCACUCGCUGCGAGCUGCUCCCCUGCCCAACUUGCGUGCCUGAAAACUUUUUUCUUAAUAUUUAAAUAUAUAUUCGACACACACGAACUCCAUCUUAUCUCUGUAUACCUCGUGAAAGGGAAAGGAACGGACGCGGACAGGCGCACGGACCUGUAACGUAGCCGAGACAUCAAGAGGAACGUCGCGACGUCUGGCCAACGACGAGAGACCAACCGGGUGGCUCUUAAGAUGGACGCUAACGGCGAGGUUCCCGCGCAGUUUUCUGCUCGUGGAACAGGUGAUAGCGAUUCCGGGGAAUAAAUUAACGGAUACCCGCGUGGUAUAUAUUUAACUAUUUUAAUUUCGCCGCAAGCGGACGACAAAGUAGCGCGGAAUAUUUUAUGAACACUUUUGCACGAGACAGAUAACGGAUUACGGAUCUCGCGGGGACCUAGACCGCGUCUCCGAUUAAACAAAAAAAUUUUUAAGUUAUUCCGAAACGGGGACGGUAUUCCCGGUCACGUCCAACCCCUAAAAUGUCACUGGCGCACGAGUUGUCUCGCUGUCCUGCUUACCCCCACGACCUGAUUCUUAUGUUUCCCGCUGAUGGGGUGAGAGAUAGCCGAAAAAAAGAAUUGUGUAUCAUGUCCCCUCGGCGUUCGUGCAAAGCCGGAAGCCGCACGUUAAGGUCACGUCGUGCGUUUUCUUUUAAAUUAUGCGUUUCCCGCCCUCACCGUUAUUCAACCCCCACGAGUGACAACGGUUAAAACACGUUUCCGAAUGAAUUUCUUUCAGCUAAUUUCUCGCGCGGCAUCGUCCUUCAUCGUAGUCCUUGUAUUCUUCAAAUAUUAUUAUUAUUAUUAUUAUUAUCAUUAAGAACCGCUGAUUAGAAGGUUCCUCGCGUCACUUCGCGAUCAUAUCCACCGACAGUUAGCUUCCGUUACCGGAGAACGUUUAGUCGGGCCCGAACUCGAGAGUUUUAAACACCAAUUCACGGGAAGAUAGGGAAACAGUCGCAGUCAUUAGCAUCCCUGGUCGAGUCACAUCAGAAACUUAAGGGCCACCACGAGACCACGAGAAGUGAAUCACCGGGGUUGAUGGAGGGAGAAUGCAAAGUGAUCUUAUCCGCUUUAACGUCCGUAGGUUACAUAGGAUAUUAUAUUGUUAGCGUAUACAAAGUGUAUGUACAUGGCGCACGGGUACAAAGGCUAUGUUUCCGCCGAAAGGGGGAAUUUUUUAUAAACGGACUACGCACAGCGGCGCGCGCGCGUGUGUGCGGAGCGGUCCGAUCGCGUGGCAUGCCGUAAAUAUUGAUUUUAUCGAAAAUUCUUGGGCGGACAGGAACGAUGCGCUUCAGAGAGGAUCGACAAGAUUCAUCGGAGCCCCCGAUAACACUGACUCCCCUUUUCCCUCCCAAUAAAAGAACAUUCUCGCCGCAGAAAUGCGACCUUGUGAGCGAUCCUGGCCCGGUUUCUCGAAUCUAAUAAUACUUUUGCGACAACUUUCGACCGGGGACGCGACAGAACGUUGCAAAAAAAAGGGAAAUGUUUGCGGACAAUGCAUAUCGGCGCGGGGAUUAUUUCGGAAUUUCAAAAUAUAGGUCGAAUCCGGGUCGCGCGGAAACAUACGUAUAUAGCUUGAGAUGUGUCCUGCACGCUUGCCGCGUGAACAUUUCCGACAGAAUGCUGGCACAAGAAUAUAAGAGAAUUUCCAACGGACCCCGUAUAAUAAAACUUGUUCCGAAGAAUCUUUCUGCCGCGCAACAAUCGCGAAUAAAAUCAAUAUUCACGAAAUUGCGGGUUCGCGAUAUACUCGAUGUAUUCACGCGAUCAGCGCGUCCCGCGUGCACGCCCGAAGCCGUUGCCAGAAGAUAGGCUUAAUUAAACGAAAUACGACUAGAGACAGAUGGGAAGCAAUCGAUCCGCCAACGACAUUUCGUUUCGCGUCGGCUGCUGGAUUGGGGAACAUGGUCCUUUGAACAGGAAACCAAUCACUCGAAUGUCAUCAGCGUAGAAGGAACAUCGAGUAGCCGCAUCAAGAAAGUAUACAAAAUCAUUUCCCAAAAAGGAGUUAUGUUGAUAGGAUUCAUCCGUAGCGAUCGUACAUGAAUUUCUCGAUCCGAUUAUGUUUCUACUGGAAAGAUCCGCCAUUUUGUGUUCGAAACGCCAUCUUGUCCGACCCUGACGCGCCAGGCGGUCGCCGCACGGUCACGUGCCGUGCGCGGCCGUCGAAUCCGCAGGGUGGCCGGAAGUCGAUGCGGCCAAGACUUGACUUCGUUGUAAUAAAUCGUGUCGAGGGGACUCGAGCUCUUCCGGUCACGUGACGUUCGGCCAGCCCCGGUGAAACGCGACCAACGACCUACACACGUGCACACGCGAACACAAAGAUACGCACACACUGACAAGGGAAGCGUAUAAACCGUUGGCGCGACCGAAUAAAGUUAAUUACGUUAAUUGAUACUAAACGUUGACGUUGACUAUGUGAUCGGGGGCGAAAUGGAGUACGUUGAAGUGCAACGACGGCGGGAUUGAUCGGGUCACGUGAUGCAGCGAUUAAUCCCAUCGACGUUGCCUGAGUAUACAUAUAUAUACAUAUAUAUUAUGUAUAUGUAUACAUAUAUAUAUAUGUAUAUAAAUACGAACACAGCAUACAUAGAUACAUAUAUAUAAAUAUGCAAACACGAACAGAACACACGUAUACACACGAGACACACGUACACUCAAUAUAUUGAUAAUAUAUUAUGAUAUUCUAUGAUACACACUGUUUCGUAAUAUAUUAUUAAUUUUCGAUAGUAACGGAGCGUAUUACGUUGUCCACGAGAUUAAAGGUGAUCCGACCGUGCACAUUUCAAUUCGUUCUUUCCGACGUGAUCGAAUCCCGAAGAUGUUCAGCUCCCCCGGGAAACACUACUGACGACUUAGCGAGGAGAACCACAGGAAACCCCCUCCCAGAGACAGAUAAUGAACGAACGAACGAAACGAGAGGAGAACCAAACGUAACCGCAAGAUCGAUACGCGAACCACGAGAUCGAGAUUUUCGCGGCCGGAGCAGCGGAUCGUUCGAUCCUUCGUUCUCUAGGGUGAACGUUUCAGGUUUGCCCAUCGGUCCACGAGACAACGAGAAAGGGAAACGAAGAGUCGUUCGGUCCGUUGCGACGAAACGGCCACUUCGCUCGGAUUCGUGACGAAGGGGACGAUUCGCCAGGCUCAGAAAAUCAUCGAGCGUUUGUUUCCACCAGA